CGGGAAAGGUUUGGUUGGCUGCAUGGUGACAAGUGGCUUCCCUUGUGUAGUGUGUCAGUUUAGUUCCCAUUGGUGCAGACUGCAUAACCUGUUUCAAGCUUGCUGUGUCUUACAUUUCAAUAUAAAGGAUAAAUGAUGGCCUCAUCGAGAAUGUCACAAAACAACAUUGAUCUACUUCUAAUUGGGAAAACUGGAAACGGUAAAAGUGCAACAGGAAACACGAUACUGCGACGUAAAGUGUUCAGAUCGGUCCCAAGCUCGAGUUCUGUUACAAAACACAUUCAAAUUGAUUAUUCCAACUUUAACGGUCGUGUCAUCAAGGUGGUAGACGGGCCUGGUGUUGGGGACACUGACCUCAGCCAAGAAAACGGCGUCAAGCUUGUUCUGGACACCAUGAAAUUUGCUAUCGCGGCCAACCCAGAGGGCUACCACGCUUUUCUGCUGGUUGUCCGGUUUGGGGGUAGGUUCACAGAGGAGGACAUGCAGACCAUCCGUGUACUGAAGGCUUGCUUUGGUGAAGACUUUGUGUCCAAGUUUUGUAUCCUGGUGGUGACGUGUGGAGACCUUUUCGAUCCUGAAGAAACAGAAACAAAUUCUUUUGACGAGUGGUGGCGCCUGCAGACUGGGGUGUUCAGAGAACUGGUCAAGGAAUGUGGACACAGGGUUGUCCUGUUUGAUAACAAGACAAAAGAUGAAAACAAGUUGAAUUACCAGCAGAGUAUCCUUAUCCAAAUGGUUGAUGAGUUAAGAACCCUUGGUACACGGUAUUCAGACCAGCACUUUAGAAUGGCUAAAGACACCCGAAAUCGCCUUCUUGUAGAGUCUAAGCUACCCAUGAUCCGUGAAGACAGUAUGAGAGAGACGAGCCUCAUCAUCCAACAGCUGGCAAAGAUCCAGCUUGACGAGCCAGAGAAACAGCUGGCAGACCUGCAUGAGCUGAAGAAACGCGCUGAUGUCUUGCUCAAAUCUAUCCAGGAAAACGACAAAGGAACCGGUGCUCUAAGCGCUUUGAUUCAAAAUGCCAGACACAUUGUGAGCUGUGUGGAGGACCAAAUCACCAACACCAAGACCGCCGUAGAACUCAACGAGAAACGGAAACAGCAAGCGGCAGAGAUGGAGAGGAUGAAAAUUGAAAGGGAACAGCGACAAAGGGAACUUGACGAGGAACAUCGCCUAGAACUGGAGCAUAAAAUCAAACAGAUGGAAAUGGAACAGCAGGAGUACAGGUGUAGGAUGGAAUCGAUGGUGACCGGCCUAAAGUCAGAGUCCCAGAAACUGGAGCAGGAGUACACAGAGGUCAGGAACAACCAGACGUGGGAGAUGGUCAAAAGUGUUGGUGCUGCAAUCAGCAAUCUCUUUGUAGAGCACCUGAUGCCAAUUGUAGUAGAUGGAUUAAAGUCUCUUUUUCGUCGUUCUGAUGCCAAAAGCAAUUAGGACAGACAAUUAUAAGAACAAUGCUAUUACGUAAUGAAGAUUAUAUACAAAGCGGACUUUAAAAUAUACUGAAUUCAUUUUACAGAAGUUAACCUACCACUCAAUUUUUGCACCUAGUUAACAUUAUUUUAUUCUCUAAAUUAAAUUCUUGUAAUACAUAAGUUAAUGAAUAUAUCAAUAUAUAGCAAACAAAUAACUGGGCUUAACUAAAUUAUUAAAAAUUUGUUUGGGAAUUACG